GAAAAGCAAGAUGGCUGCACAUUCGGGAGGAGUAGAUUGGGCUGUCGUUUUAAAACCUUUUUUAACGAGUACAAGUGAAAGUUCAGGAAAAUCUGAUACUCUCAAUUUGGUGAAAACCAUCAUCCACAGUGAAAAUGAAAUACUUGAUCAUGAUGUCAGUCACAAGCAGUUUUUCGACAGUUUGGUCGUGUUGGCUGCAGAAAAUAUUACCAAUCAAAUCACCACACUUUCCCAGACACAGCUACCGCAGUUUGCUGAAGCUGCUACCGUCCUUAUUCGCUACAUUAUGCAGCACUUGGACGUUCAAGCACCUAACAAACCAAGCAUUUUGCUUAUGGCGCUUAAAGUUCUCUGCGAAGGACGCAGGGAAUCAGAACAUCCUGCCGGUAGUUCCUCGGUAUCGUCGAUUAUAUCUGCCUCCGGUAUGAAAUACAUCAAAUAUCCGGAAGCUCACAGCAAAUCGUCGUCGGUUGGCGGUGGCGGUAGUUCAUCCGGAGUUGGUGUUGGUGCCGGUGGCAGUGGUUCGGAAAAGGAUAGUCCUAAAAGUGAAAUGAAGCGCUCUCGUUCGGACCUAUCUACGGUUAUUCUGCAGCAGCUCACGACACCAUUGGGAGCCGGUGUGUUUACGUUUGCUACUUUGAGCGAAGAGCAAAUCGAUUGCACGGAUCUCUUUGUCAAGUCCAACAUACAGUAUCUGCAAGCAACAAACGGAGGUGAUACUUUGUUCAAGUGGUGUACCCAUUCUCUGACAACAUUAGCAAAAUAUCGCAUCAAAUACGAAGAAUGCACAGUGCAAGGUAAACCCUUGUAUCUCCCUAUUACGACAACAGAGGCAACAUCCGUUAAGGCCAACCUUGCCCAAAUUGAAUCGGACAUUUCCAAUCUCUUGCUGGCGGUUUCGCUGCCAAUAUUGGAACCACUCACACCCAACAAGAUUAUCUUACUUUCUCAAUGCGCAAUGUCUGCUUUGUACUGCGCUGUCCUAACUUCAACGGCCACCAGUGUGCUGUCGAUGGCUGCUAGCGGCUCGCAGAAAAGUGCAUCAUCAACUCAACUUCAGCAGAAGGAACAGCAGUCUUCUGGCGCACAGUCUCAGAAGGAAACUGACGAGGAAGAAGAUUACGCAAGAAUUGUGGUGGAUCGCGGACUCGAAAUAUUUACCAAAAUUGGUAGUAUUCUAAAAAGUUCCACCCGGACCCAUAUUUACCAGAAUCACGUUUGCAUGGGAGCUUGGCUGUUGAUCUAUGGCAUUCAAGGAACGAUGGGUGCUUCUGGUAACCCUGCGGGGGGAAAUGUUCAACAAGCAGCUACGGUCAAAGCAUCAGAAGAGAGUCUGAAGGGCCGAAGCCCAUUAAAGACGUUGGAUGUACCUCAAAUGGCCUCCGCAACUCCGUCUCCAGCGUUGCGAGUGAAUCUGUUCAAAGUUCAACAAGGCUUUGGUGUCCUUAAUGCAGCAAUUGCUCGACAUAGUAUUUCUCUAUUGACGGAGUUGAUUGACGAUUUGAAAAUCGAUUCUCGCUCGGACGACGAUGAGUACAGUAGCAUUGAAUCUGCUGGAUUUGACAUUUUAGGGCAGUAUUCAUCCAUACAACGAGUGGUACGCGUUCUGAAUAGUGCAACGCUACAACAAUUGAUGACGUUCUUGGCAACGGUUUCCUACAGAAAGGCAUGUACUCUUCGUAGGAUCAAUACAAAGAAUACCAACGAGGGCGAGCCGAUGAGCUACAGUGAUUCUACGACUUACUAUAACGAUACAUUCUCCUGUUCCGAAGAGAGUGAGCCUGAGGAAGAAGAUAGUGACAGUUAUCUAGGACUGUGGUUCAAGGAAACAUUAUCACCGGAAGCAAACGAAGAGCUGGUUGAGACACAAGAACAAGAGAAGAAGGAUGAAAAACGCCAUGGUAGCAACCUAGUUUCGACCAAGGAUGAACCUCAUGAAUAUCUCAAUUUAAGCUCACUAAUUUUUAACUUCUUCGAUAUAUCACUCGGAGGACAACACAUCUACUUGAAUCGCUAUGUAAGAACUGGUUUAAGCGAGCAACAGAUGGUCUUACUGGCAAACAUUCUUCGAGAUCUGGACCGAGAUUCCGCUCGAGGUGAACCGGAAAAUUCGGGCUGUUUACAAUGGCAGAAUGCAAUGGUCAAGUUUUCCGGUUCUGUUGGACGUUAUUUGCACAAUUUGAUCUCAAAUUCUCUUCUGAACGAGUCGCUACAAUCGGCUCUUCUACUCCACCUUGGAGUUUCUCCAUGGACCCAAGAUUCAAACAUUUGGCCUCUGCAAGUGUACUCGCGCACACUAGCCGUUUUAGUACAGAUACUGUUACUAAAACCUUCACAAGAAAAGGAAGCUGCAUGCCUGUCGGUUUGGCACCGACUGGUUAAUACAUUGGUUGAAGGUGUUUGCUCAUCUCAAACCAUUCCAAACGAGUCGGAUAUCGAGGAUUUAAAUGUUGAACAUGCGCAACUGUUACUCUUCCUGUUUCACUCUCUUAAUUUGAUGCAGAAAAAAUCUAUACUGCUAUUAACAGCUGGAGGGGUCAUCCGUUGCUCUGAGGUUUGUCGCUCCGUUACCCCUGAGAAACCUCUGCGUGACAAUCAGAUAAUGCUGCUGUCGAGAUUGCUUAUCUUCCUGGAAUACCUAAUGAAGCAUUUGUACAAUCCCCCGAACGUUCUGCUAGAACAAGUUCGAUGGAAUUUAUUCAGUGUGUUCACUCUGGACUCUGAUCAAAAGAUCUCCGAUCUCAUUAAUUACAAAACAAAAAUGAUGUCAUUCUGCCGCAAGGAUAUCGAGGAUAAACAUCGGAAACUUGCCAACGAGUUCAGUGUUGGAGGUGUGAAGCCAAAGUUCUACUCGUUGACCACCGUAGAUGCUAAAAUCCAGCAGGAAUUUAAACUGGAUGGUCUUGCUUGGAAUUUCAUUCUCUGCACACCGGAUAAGCUAAAAUAUCCCUGGUUAAUCGAUGCGUUGAUCGACAUUCUGAGCAUUACGGAUAUGUGCGUGGCAAAAAUACCGUUCCAGACGCUGUGCGCAGUACAUUAUUGUUUUAGUUUAUGCUGGAAGCUACUGCUAGGAUUGCCGCCUUCCACACAACAUGUGGAGGCACUGAUGCAGGAAAAGAUUCCCAAUCUGCACUCACUGUUAUGGUCGAUUCGUUGUCUACACCCGAUUACUCAUUCCCAUUAUCUGAUUGUGAAUAGUUUGGUAAAACAGGGCAUGUACACUCAAUCGGCGGAAGCACUUUGGAACCGCCUUACCGACCACGUAUCCGAUGUAAAAUACAGUCUCAAAUUGACUAUGAUGGGUCUUGAAUCGUUCUCGGAAUCGUUCAUACCAGAACAGCCACGACUAUCGAAAAUCAUUCUACUGGACAGUUUGGUAUCGCAUUUAUAUGCCAUAUGUUGGGCCGAGAAGGAGGGCGUUAACAUCAAGACAAAAUCGAAUAAUAACAGCAGUAGCUCGUCAAGCAGCAGUAGCACUAGUUCGACCAGCAGCACCAGUAGCUCUACUUCGACUUGUUCUAGCGGAAGCGAUUCUAGCGUUGGACCAGCCGGUGGUGUAUGCAGCCAACAGCAGCUUAGUAUUUCUCCGGGAGCUCCUGCUACUGUUGACGUAUCAACAACUACGGGGCCUGGAUUGGAAACAGUGAAAAUGGCGUCACGCAAUGAUUUGACCAGAAGUGUGAUGGUAAAAUUAAUGGAUGUGCUAGAGAUUGUGAAAGAAGCGACAUACAAAACGAUGUUUCAAAAUUUGAGCGGACAGAUUCCGGCCACCUUAAUUGAACCUCUGAUUGCAAUAUGUGGCUCUAAGAACACAUUCUGUCAAGAUUUGUCAACUCAACUGGUUGCACUUAUUACCGGACAGGACAAGGACGUUAUUUCUGUUGAAUGGCGUAAGAACUUGUCCAUUUCCAGUGAAGACAAUUUCACCAGCGGAUCAUUCCCGGUGGAAGUCCACACCUUGACUGUAAUCGACGGUCAUCUUACAGAGACGUCAAAGCAUUUAACCUACUCAAUUCUGCUCUCGUUGAAGCACGCUCUAAAAUCGUGUAUCAAUCUCAUCUACUACAUGUUACCGAACUACGACGAUAAACAGCUGGAUGAUGAACUGAAAGGAAUUUUGAUUCCGAUGGUAUUUGAUCUUCGAUCCGAAUAUCUGUAUGAUGUGGUAAACAAAUGUUUGGAAUCGCUUUUGAGUGGCGAUUCCAGCUCAGAAACCUAUCAACUACUAGCCUAUUCGAAUAUACUACAACACAGUUACAAAUUUUUGAUUGAAUACGCCGAGUUAUCAGCUCAAGGACAACCGAUUAACAUCGAAGAAAGUGUCCUCCACAGUAUAAUAAAAUUUUGGGAGUCGAUGCUUGAUAAAACCAUUGGUUUGAAGGCCAUGCGCGAAUUUUUCUACGGUACUAAAAGGGGCAAUCUUGUGCAAGUUCUGCUGUCGUUCACCGGAACCAGCCUGUCGCAGAAAUAUGCUACCAAGGUAUUGCUGUUCUUCGAGAAACUUUUUGCCGCUUCUGAAAAACUCGACGCACAGUUUGAUGAAGAGGAAGUCGGCUGUUGCAUUGGUGAACUUGCCAAUGCAGAUGCAUCAAAAUUGAAGAGUUGGCUUAGUCAUAUUCUGCUUGGGCCUCGAGGAGUCAGUUCGAAUUCCGUCGGGUCCAAUGCAUCGAGCAACGUUCCAACACCUACAAAUAUGGCAACCGUUUCAGCAAUACCCAGUAUUACCGACCAGUUGGCGGUGUCUGGUAUAUCCGAGAACAACACUGGCAAUAAUGCAUCGGUCGGAGGUGACCCGGAUGCAAUGGAUAUCGAUUAUGAGUGUAUGCCAUGGCAUAGAGAUACCAGUCGCACCGGAAAUGACACUGUCGAUGAAGCGUUGGAGAAGAACGGCAAGUUGUUGCAGGUUUUGGUAAAGUAUAUCGUAGCAGAGAAUAGGAUUGCGGCGUCUGUUUCAGAGGCUCUGUUUCAAGCAUUGAUACAAAUAGGACACAACUUAUUAUGCCCCGCACAGGAAGCUAUCGAAUUUGCUGAUCUGUUACAAGUAAUGAUCACAUUAGCGGAUGCUGGCAAAGGGCGUGGUCACGCUGUUUUAUUCACGGCUGCCAUCGAUUGGCUGGAGAUAUCUAAGAAUCAAGUACUUGAAGGCAAAGUAAACAAGAAUGGGUCGAAGGCAGCAGUUCAACUUGAAAAUGUCACAGCGAUUCUGAAGUACAUGAGUGACCUAUUGCUUGGCUUGGGAGCAUCAGGCAGUCGUUCAAUAAAUCCUCCAUGGGAAGAAGAUACACCGUUGGAUGCAGAAGACAUUUUGGACGAUUUAGGUGGUGACGAUGAGGAUAGUGCCGUUGAAGAUUCCGACGAAGAUAGUCUGAGUAACAAGCUAUGUACUUUUUCGAUCACCCAGAAAGACUUCAUGAAUCAACACUGGUAUUACUGCCAUACAUGUAAAAUGGUAGAUGGUGUAGGCGUCUGCUCCGUCUGCGCACGCGUUUGUCAUAAAAAUCACGAUAUCAGUUACGCGAAAUAUGGAAACUUCUUUUGCGAUUGCGGUGCGAAGGAAGAUGGUUCCUGUCAAGCACUGUCUCGACGCAGUAACUCGGGCCAUGUAGAUGAUUCUAUUCUGGGAUCCGCCUUACCUAGAUCCUCUGAAGCUGACUCAGUUAUGUUGACCAGUUCCCUUCGACGUCGUGCUUCCAGUCCAACAAAUCAAACAAAUCAACCCGGAAAUGGUCAAAUGUCGGAAAAGGAACUGUUGCUGUCAAAGAUUAUCGAAAGUUCCAAAGAUGCUCUUGGCAACCCGGACCAAUGGAAGGUUGUCGUUCGUUGCAUUUUGGCUUUCUUUAAUUCGCUUAUGCCAGCCAUUAAAGAUCACUGUGCGAAAUAUUCCACUGUUGGGUGUCAUCUUCGUGCGCGCAAUGCAUUGGAACGUUUGCAUCAACCUGAGAAAUCGUACUCAUUUAGCGAUCAAAUCAUGGUUGCUACACUUGGAUCGCAGGAAGGAGCAUUUGAAAACGUGCGCAUGAACUUUUCCGGAGAACAAGGACAAACCAUCAAACAAUUGCUCUCCUCGAACCUAGUUCGUCGUGUGGCCUUGUGCUGCUUAGCGUCACCACACGGCAAGCGUCAACAGUUGGCCGUAUCUCACGAGAAAGGAAAAGUAACGAUUCUCCAACUGUCUGCUUUGCUGAAACAAGCUGAUGCAGCAAAGAAAAAACUUACUCUAACAAGACUGGCAUCGGCUCCCAUACCUUGUACGGUUCUUUCACUCGCUUCAAAUCCAGCCAACGAAGACUUCCUGGCAGUGUGCGGACUUAAGGAAUGUCACAUUCUUACAUUUACCAGCACGGGAGCGACGAAUGAGCACAUAAUUCUAACGCCACAGCUGGAAACCGGUAACUUCAUUAAACGCGCAAUUUGGCUGCCAUGCUCCCAAACCAAAUUGGCUCUGGUAACGGCAGAUUUUGUCAAAAUAUAUGACCUUGCAGAGGAUAGCUAUAGUCCGCAAUAUUAUUUCCUUGUGCCGAGUGGCAAAAUACGGGAUUGCACAUUUGUUUUCCAAGAAGAUACCUACUAUAUGUUGAUUAUGUCGUCACAUGGUUACAUUUACACUCAACCGUUGAGCGAUGAAAGUUUAGCUAAGCAUGGUCCAUUCUACGUCACCAGCACUCUUGAACUGGAUCAUCCAUCGAUUGCCGAUGACAACGGUCAGAUUCUUUCCGGAGGGGUCUCAAUUUACUACUCCCAUGUGCUCCAGAUGUUGUUCUUCAGCUACGUCGCUGGUCGUAACUUCAUGGCUCCCCUGACCAAUGUUAACCAGGGCGUAAAGUGUAUUAUGGAUCUGAUUUGCAACCCAGCAUCGAAAGUAUUUUCCAAAUCACCAACUCAACCAUUAUGCCAGUGGACAGAAAUUCCUGGUCACCCAGGAUUAAUUUGCGCCAUGAUGCAAAAUCUGAACAAUCCGGUCAUCUUCAUGAUCAAACCAGAUGGUUACGUUGCACAGGAAAUUAAGGCGCAGAACGCAAAGGCGAAAAUCAUGGAUAUGGUAGCAAUUCGUCAUUCGGUUUCCGGUGUGGAGAAAACAACUCUGAUUCUGCUGUGUGAAGAUGGCAGCUUGAGAAUUUAUGCAGCACAUCCCGAAAACACCAGCUAUUGGUUGUCGCCUGAAAUUCAACCCAUCGGAAAUCAGUUUCAAACGGGGGCUUACUCGAAGUCUAGAAAAUCCAAGAAAUCAAGCAAGCAGACGAAUGCUGGUCAAUCAAACGGUAAGAGUGGUAGCAGCUCGGCCCCAACAUUCCCGAUUGACUUCUUCGAACACUGUACGCUGAUGAACGAAGUUGAGUACGGUGGAAAUGAUCUGCUGCAAAUUUACAACACCCAACAUUUGAAACAUCGGCUUAAUUCGACCGGUUUGUACGUUACCUCGACGCGGGUCAACGGUUUUACGCUGGAUGUGAUGAACAAUGAUCCCAAUAUGGUUAUUACGGGUAUUCGCAUAUCGAUUGGUUCACAGGAUGUGAGCAAGUCACCCCAAAACGUAACCAUCAUAGGAAGAGUUAUACCAACAGUAGCAACGCGUGCCCGUUGGUUCGAUAUACCUUUGACGCGCGAAGAAAGUCUACAAAGUGACAAAAAGCUAAGUAUUCUUUUUGGCCCCUCACAAGAUGCCGAAAACAUUACAAUUUUAGACAGCAUCAAAAUCUACGGUAAAACAAAGGAUGUGUUUGGAUGGCCCGAAGAGUCUGAGGAUGUAGGAUCUACUCAGAUGAACUCCGUUGUACAAGCACCAGGUCAGGUAACUAAUACAACAAAUGGAACCGAAACUGUCGAUAGCAGUGGAAGCUCCGGUAUGACGGUGACUCCCCUGGAUAAAAUGGUCUCCACCAUGUUGCAAGUUCUGGAUAGUAGUGUGUCACAUCUUGGAGGACCGAACAGCGAGGAAAGUUGUAGACAAACUGCUGUCGAUGUUGCUACUUCAUUGAUCCUUUAUCCAACUACCAAUCAAGUUCAGCAGGAUGCUCGUAACCUCCUAAUCGCUUGUCAACCUAACAAGGCAGCUUAUCAUAAUUACAAAGAUAAAGAGAUGCUGGCCGAUAUUAAUGAACAGCUGAAGAAAAUGACCGACGCAAGGGACUAUAGAAACAUCGAUCCAGAAGCUUUUUACCGGGUAGUUCUUAUGACUCGCGGAAUCGCCAUUCAACGGCCCCAAUCACUUACUAAGAUCUGCUCGGAAAACAACUACCCGAUAUUGCAACAACUAAUGGUGCUAAUGAAAGACUUGCACAAAAUUACGCCAGCCUAUGAGGAACCGCUUGCUAUAAUUAAACAAGGACUGUCGCACGUCGAAGCCGUAGUUUACUCCCUGGUGGAGAUUAUUUACGCCUUUGCACUAUCCGAGAGCGACAUGAUUGAAUCGAUGACCAAAUUCUUCGUCGAUCUUCUGCUUGAUCCUGCUCCAAUCAUCAGUCACAGCGCUAAACAAGCAAUGAUUCGUUUACUAAGACCCAAAAUUCGUAGGCGCAAGGUUCUCAUUGAAAGUCCUCCCGUUUGUUCAACCCCGACCCCAUCCGCUGCUGCAUCAAUUCUACCAGGACCAUCAACUUCGUCUAUGCCUUCUACCUCGUCGGCUGGAGCUGUGGGAUCUGUUGGCACCGUUGCUUCUGGUGGUGCAGCUGAUGAUUUUGCAAGUGCCAUGCAAGAAGUGGAUGCAAUAGAAUCACUUGGGCUUGAACCUUCCGGAGGAAAUCAAGCAUUGGCGUCUUUGGAAGCCUUGCUGGGCGUUGGCUUUCCACAUCUGCUGGAAACUCCUGAUACUGACGACGAAACCAUUAUGGAGAUUGCUAUUGCACUAAGUUUACAAGAUAACGAAACUGAUUUGGUUGCACUACAGCAAAGUAUCGCACAAUACCAAGGUAGGAAUCGAAACCAAGCUCAAGGACUACCGGCUGCCAUUGCCGGAGGUUCAUCAUUCAAUGUAGAAUCAAAUACGUCUGGUGGUGGAUCGGACGAUGAUGAAAUUUCCAAUGUAGCAACAGAAGGAUCCACUCUUCGUACUUCGCCAGCAGGUGAACACGCUGGUAGUGGCAGUGGCGGAUCGGAGAGCGGUUGCAGCGGAGUUGAAAGCAUUGGCGGAACAUCUGGACGUAGCUCUACCUACGAAGAACAGCCUAAUCCGUCACCUCCAAGAACAUCUGGAGUCGAUCAGAUACCGCCACAGCCGAUAGCCCCGCCUGAAAUGGAAGAUACUGGUAGUGAGAACGCGUGUAAAUUACACGUGCUAAGAUAUUCAAUUCUCAAUAAAUUGGUCGAUAAUUUUGCUGCCCUAGAUACCGUUAAUGGGUCGCAGUGCAUUCCAUUCAUGCAAACCAUUUUAAUGUUGACGUCGGAUCUUGAUGGAAGCCAGGAGGCAGAUCAGCAGGUUAUGAGCCGAUUACUUCAAGCUCUUAUCGAUCGUCUGGAAAUCCCAGCAACAAAAAUCUACCAGAUGUCAAAUCGGACCACGAAAACGGAAGUUCAAUUAAUUAUUCUUCGCCUAGUUGGCGUUUUGAUGGGAAAGGUUAAGUCGAAAUCGUCGACUUCAUCGUCGGUUGUUGUCGCAUCUUCUUCCGCCGUGAAUCAAGCAGUUCUCGACAAUGCGACCUUUGUAGCCCAGGCUACGGCCAAUGCAUUGAUGAAAAACAAUGCCAUUCCGUAUUGUCUGAUGAUCAUGGAGUCGUUCCUACCACACUGGAAGCAUGUCGCAAACAGUGAGGAACUGGGUACUGGAACGAACACAGCCAAUACAGCGACUGGCCCUGUUAUAACAACCCCAGGUGGAACACCAACAAACAGUUUACUAAAACCCACGCUGUACGGUCUAUCGCCAGAUAUGCAACCUUUCUUUGCACGUCAGUAUGUGAAGGGUUGUACUGACGUAUUUGAGCUCUAUCCACAAGUUCUUACAGAGAUGGCUGUUCGUCUACCGUACCAGAUACUUAAGCUGUCGUCUGGUCACCCAUCGUCACAUGAUUGGUACCAUUCGCUGUGUGAAUACAUGACAAAUACAUUGUGCGAGUACAUGAUGUACAUGCAAUCACCUGUGCUGCGCCGACAGGUCCGUAAACUUCUUCUGUACAUAUGUGGAAACAAGGAAAAAUAUCGUCAGUUACGAGAUCUACAUUCACUUGAUACUCACAUGAAAGCUGUUAAAAAGUGCUGCGAUGGACGUGCACCGCAAGUUUCUUCGAUUGGGUCUACUACCAGCGCGAUUCUAAGCUACGAUUCGCUAGUGGAGCUGACAGAGCAUUUCAGAUCCUGUCAGGAAAUUGCCUCCAUUCGUACUGGGAACUGGCAAAAGUUCUGUCUCAGAAAUUCAGAUGUUCUUUCGUCAUUGUUGAACAUCAGCUGCUGCCAGUUGGAGGAAGGCGUUUCUUCAAUUAUAUUGCAGCUACUGCAGUCUGCCAUGUGCAACACUCAAAGUAACAAACAGGAUUCCGCAAAUGCUGCUGGACCAUCCAGUAUAAAGAUCUCCGUGAUGAAAGAUCGCAAAGACCGUGACAAAUCGGAAGAAUCGGACACAGCGACAGAGUCUAGAUUUGACCCUGCCCAAUGCGUAGCUUUAGUAUCUCAGAUAUUUAGUCAAGUUUUGAUGCAAACUUUGACCAUCUUUAUCCGUAGUUUUUUGCUUGAAACUAAUUCGACAGCUAUUCGUUGGCAGGCACACAGUCUAGUCUAUGCUUUCUACGAGAACAGCACAGAAUCCAACAAGGAGCAACUAUUGCAAUGUCUGUGGGGGCUUUGGCCUCUGUUACCUGCAUAUGGAAAACGAACUGCACAAUUUGUAGACCUCCUCGGAUUUUUAACUUUGAACACCAAAUCUUUGAGUAACAAACUACCUGACUAUACAGCACAAGCUGUCUCGGUUCUACGCCAGCAGAACGAAUUGCUUACCAGACACCCGAAUGCUCCGAUCUAUACUGCCCUCGGUCAUGUACUAGAGCUAGAAGGAUUUUAUCUUGAAUCAGAGCCGUGCUUGGUAUGCAACAAUCCAGAAGUUCCCUACUCCAACAUUAAGUUAUCUACAAUAAAGGUCGAUUCCAAGUUUACCACCACUACCACCAUUGUGAAACUGGUUCAGAGCCACACUAUAUCCAAAAUCAUUCUUCGUAUUGCUGAUCUGAAGCGUGCCAAGAUGGUUCGAACGAUUAAUAUCUACUAUAACAACCGUACCGUUCAAGCGGUAGUGGAACUCAAAAAUCGCCCUUCAAUGUGGCAUAAGGCGCGUAAAGUUACAUUGCAGUCGGGUCAAACGGACGUAAAGGUGGAUUUCUCGCUGCCGAUCACGGCAUGUAAUUUGAUGAUUGAAUACGCCGAUUUUUACGAAACCGUCAGUGGUUCCAGCGAAAGUUUGCAGUGUCCACGGUGUAGUGCUGUUGUCGCUGCAAAUCCUGGAGUUUGUGGCAACUGUGGUGAAAAUGUGUUCCAGUGUCACAAGUGUCGAGCGAUCAACUAUGACGAAAAGGAUCCCUUCCUGUGUCAUUCGUGCGGUUUUUGCAAGUAUGCUAAAUUCGAUUACAGUAUUUUUGGACGAGCUUGCUGUGCUGUUGAUCCAAUCGAAUCGGCGGAAGAUCGAACCAAGACGGUUCAAACGAUUCAUGCUUCACUGGAAAAGGCGGAUCGUUCUUACAAGACGUUACAGAACAACAAGCAAAUUUUGGAACUGUUAGUUCAAAAGGUGGCUGAGCACAAACUGGAUCGCACGUUUGAUGAAACGUUGAUCGGGUCGGUUGUUGGAUCGUCCCAGGUCAAUAAAGUUAUUCAGCUGUUGGCUCAAAAAUAUUGCGUCGAGUCGAAAUCUACAUUUGAAGAGUUGAGUAAGAUCAUCCAGAAAGUACAAGCAUGUAGGAGGGAGUUGGUGGCUUACGAUCGAAGUCAGAUGGAUUCGCCUAGCGGCGGAACGUUAGCUCAUGCGUCAGUUCUAGAUAGGGCCGUCGCAAUGAAUAAAUGUUACGGAUGCGCCCUAGCAUCAACCGAACAAUGUUUAACAUUGUUGCGAGCAAUGGCGUCUAAUAUGCCGUGUCGAAUUGGGUUGUGCAAUCAAGGGUUGGUUCAUGAACUAGCGCACAAUAACCUACGACGUGGAACGAAUCAAAUUCAAGAUGAAGUUCGCCAAUUGCUUUGCCUGUUAACUAGAGAUCUGCCGGACGCAACCGCUGGUCUUUGUCAGUUGCUACAGGAUCGAGUCAAAAUGGCUCUGAGUGGUUCUGUUCCGCUGGCUAAUUUAGAUUCUGCUGUUCGGCAUGAGAUGGCGCUUUUGGAAGCGAUGACCGCACAGGAUGAUUCUUGCUGGGAGCUGAAACUGAAGGCUGUGAUUGAACUAUUUCUGCAGGCGUCUAGAGAUGUCCGCGGACCUGCAGUUGCCGUCAUUCAACCAUGUCUUCGCAUUGUUCAAUCGCUUAUGUGCCCACCACUUCCGACCAGCAAAACGAACAAAGAUCUGACAACACAGGAGCUCUGCACCGUCCAACCCAUGGAAGGACUUACCGUCAGCUACGAGAAAUGGAUCGCAGGAGAUCUGCAGCACUCGUUUGCCGCCUGGAAAGCCAGAAUGCCACCGAUUACGGGUACGGCAACACCCAGAGCAGAGGAUAGCACGAUUCAAUUAGCACAAUCGGCCGCGGGAGGUACAACAGGUGGAAGUCACCAGACCACUCCGAUCAGUAGUUUCCGCUCGGCACUGGAACAGAAACGUAGUCAGUUUAGAAAUGCUUAUCUUUUCGAGAAGUAUGGAAAACGUUGGCGCCAGAAGGUACUCAGUAAGGGAGUUAAUGCUGUUCCGCUGGAGUUAACUGCCGCUUGGUUGCAACCGGUACUGUUCAACACAAAUUCCCGUUUAGGACGGCAGUUGGCCUGCGCUUUAGUCACUUCGCUUAGCAGAACUACUGAACGAAAGCGGGAGAUCCUGGACCUUUUGACUACAUUUUUGAAGCAUAUUGGUGAAAGUGGUGAAGCCAGUUCUGAGUUUAUUGCGCUAUAUCGCAUUCUGGCGGAUGAAACACCGUGGAGGCAAUAUUUAGCCUUGAAGGGUGUUCUAUCGUUAACAGCAAAUCUGCUAACAGUCGAAAUUGAAAAAAUACAUCAUUUGGAAGAGACGACUCUUUCUUCGGAUUUGGCACAGGGGUACGCACUGAGGCAGUUAGUAGAGCUAAUGGCUAUGUUCCUGGAUAAUCCACCGAUUCGUAAGGCUUACAAGGGAAAGCUGUUGGGAUCAGUUCUACAGGGCUACUUGAAUUUGAGAAAGCUGGUUGUUCAGAGAACUCGAAUGAUCGAUGACGCACAGGAAAAACUGCUGGAAAUGUUGGAAGAAAUGACAACCGGUACAGAGGAGGAGACAGCCGCCUUUAUGGCAGUUUGUAUUGACACGGUUAGAAAAACUUCGACUUCGGAUGUGAAGACCCCAGUUUUUAUGUUCGAACGUCUCUGUUCGAUCAUUCACCCGGAGGAAAACGAUGUGGGCGAGUUCUUCUUGACACUGGAGAAAGAUCCUCAGCAGGAAGACUUUUUACAAGGACGUAUGUUGGGCAAUCCAUACCCAUCUAACGAAGCUGGAUUGGGUCCUUUGAUGAGGGAUGUUAAGAACAAAAUAUGUAUUGAUUGUGAGUUGGUAGCCCUGCUGGAUGAUGAUAACGGAAUGGAACUGUUAGUGCAUAACAAAAUCAUCAGCUUAGACCUUCCGGUUAAAGAAGUUUACAAAAAAGUGUGGCUUCAAGAGGGAGGCGAACGAGAUGCAAUGAGAAUAGUCUAUCGUAUGCGUGGUCUUCUUGGUGAUGCGACGGAAGAGUUUAUCGAAACCCUGAACGCCAAGAGUCAAGAAGAGGUUGACAACGAACAGCUCUAUCGAAUGGCUAAUGUUUUGGCAGACUGUGACGGUUUGAAGGUGAUGCUCGAACGAAUUGGUAGCCUGCAGAAUGUAUCUAAAUCCAGAACACUGUUGCAAGUACUACUUAAAUUAUUCUUGUUGAGCGUGAAGGUUCGCCGCUGCCAGGAAGUUUUGUGUCAACCUGAGUUAGGUGCUAUAAACACCCUGUUGAAAGUGCUACAACUCUGCUUGCAGAGCGAAAACGACGCGCAGCAAUCAGCAGUCACCGAAAAACUGCUCGAAAUCAUGGAAACUAUUCUAUCCAAAGCAGCUUCAGACACACUUGACUCGUUUCUUCAAUUCUCUCUUACAUUCGGAGGUCCAGAGUAUGUGCAAGCCUUGCUUUCGUGUACUAACUGCGCAAAUGUUCGUAACAGUCCAUCGGUUUUGAGACAUUUGAUUCGUGUCUUGGCGGCCCUCGUUUAUGGCAACGAUAUUAAAAUGGCACUGCUGUGCGAACAUUUCAAAGAGGUUUUCGAUUUCAACAAGUUCGAUGCAGAUCGAACCCCGGAAGACGAAUUUAAGCUUGAACUAUUCUGCGUUCUAACCACCGGCAUCGAGCACAAUUCAAUAGGCGGUACCUUGAAAGAUUACAUCAUGAGUUUGGGCAUUGUCGAGAAGGCAUUGGAAUAUAUUAGAAGCCAUGCUCCGUGUGUAAAGCCAACCUUGCUGAGAACCGACUCGGACGAACUGAAGGAAUUUAUUUCACGUGCUUCAUUGAAGUACAUUUUGCGAUUCCUGACCGGCUUGGCAACGAAGCACGAGGCCACACAGCUGGCCGUUGCAAAGGAUAUCAUCCCCAUCAUUCAUCGUUUGGAGCAAGUUUCAAGCGACGAGCAUGUUGGAUCGUUGGCUGAAAAUCUGUUGGAAGCUUUGUGCACUGAGCUGGCUACAGCAAAACGAGUUCAGGAAGUCCGCGAUUUCACCCGGGCUGAGAAGAAACGAUUGGCAAUGGCAACCCGAGAAAAGCAACUGGAUGCACUGGGUAUGAGAACCAACGAUAAAGGUCAGGUUACAGCGAAAGGUUCAAUUUUGUCACAAAUUGAAAAGUUGCGAGAAGAGACUGGCUUGGCGUGUUUCAUCUGUCGCGAAGGUUACGCGUGUCAACCGAACAAAGUUCUUGGAAUUUACACCUUCACUAAGCGAGCGAAUGUUGAAGAAUUCGAAAUGAAGAAGAAAACAGUCGGAUACACUACGGUGACUCAUUUCAACAUAGUUCAUGUCGAUUGCCACAUGUCGGCGAUCAGGUUAGCCAGAAGUCGUGACGAAUGGGAGAGCGCUUCGUUGCAGAACGCAAAUACCCGCUGUAACGGUUUGCUGCCGCUGUGGGGUCCGGAUGUAAGCGAAUCGGCAUUCUCAUCUUGCAUGGCUCGACACAAUAACUACAUGCAGGAAUCGACUCAACGAUGUGAAAUUACUUUCAGCAGCUCAAUUCAUGAUCUGAAAUUACUAAUUGUUCGUUUCGCGCAAGAGAGAAGUUUCCACGAAGACGCCGGUGGCGGUGGUCCUCAAUCCAACAUGCAUCUAGUCCCGUACUUGCUGUUUUAUAGUCUUUACACGCUUCUUUCAUCGCGUUCAUACUCUCGCGAAGAAAUGAUUCUCAGUGCUUACAUAACACAUAAACCAUCGGAUCGCUGGCUAGAGUGCGCCUAUGAAGCUGAAGGUCCGUUGUAUCUGAUCGCCAUGUCGUUGGCCUUACACACACCUGGAAUUUGGAAUCGUAACAAGUUAGCUCACCUGAAACGUCUCAUCACUGUUGGCCACGCGCGUCACGUUAGUCCGAACACUAUCUGCAAGUUUAUCGCACCGAACGACAAAACCCAAAAGGAUUACAACAUUUACAAACCGUACCUUAUGCUUUGGGGCUUGGUGGAUUUGAUUUACAAGAAUUUCUUCCGUACGGUAACCACCCCGAAGGAUGAAGAUUGGCCGAUAUCGCUGUUUGACUAUCUACGCCGUAAUGACGAGGCGAUGCUUAAAAAUGCCGAUAGCACCCUGGAGACCUUCACCGAUGAAUAUCUGCCGUGUACGUCUUUCGGAGAAUUUUGUGAUGUUGCUGGCCUACUUGGCGAAAUUGAGGAUCCAGACAGCUGGAUGGAUGAACUGCUGCAGUCACUUCCUUCGCCAGGAUCUGCAUCAGCUCCUUCAGGGUCUACUAGUACAGCGUCAUCUGGCAACAAUGCUCCUGGAACAGGCGGUGGUGCAACAUCGAACGCUUGAGUUUGACAGGAACUGUCGUUCGAAGCUGAAAUGGUGGACAACAACGAUGAUGAUGAUUGGUGAUGUUGAAAUAAUUAAUUUGUGCGCUAAAUAAAUGCAUUACUUAAUGUAAUAAUCAUAUUUCUAAAUGAAAACCCCUAAAGGGCUUAUUGAACAAACUAGAGUGAUUAUAAUAUUAUAUGGAGAGCUUGGCUCUUUCAAAUAACUGCAACAUUAGUACUGAUUAUCCAAAAAUGCAACUAAAUUUAUAAUAAAAAUCUUCUCAUGUUUGUCUAUACUAUUCAUUCAAGACUACUCAAAUAAAUAUCUAGCAACUCAAA